AUGGAGUCAGUUUUAUCCAAGUAUGAAAACCAAAUUACUAUUUUUGCUGACUACCUAGAAGAGUUUCCAGAUACAAAUGACCUGGUUUGGAUCUUGGGGAAACAGCAUCUCCUUAAAACAGAAAAAUCUAAGCUGUUGUCUGAUAUAAGUGCUCGUCUAUGGUUUACAUACAGAAGGAAAUUUUCACCAAUUGGAGGAACGGGCCCUUCAUCAGAUGCUGGCUGGGGAUGUAUGCUACGCUGUGGACAGAUGAUGCUAGCUCAAGCCCUUAUCUGCAGACACUUGGGAAGGGACUGGAACUGGGAGAAACAAAAAGAACAACCCAAAGAAUACCAGCGGAUCCUACAGUGCUUCUUAGAUAGGAAAGACUGUUGCUACUCUAUCCAUCAAAUGGCGCAAAUGGGUGUAGGAGAAGGAAAGUCAAUCGGCGAAUGGUUUGGACCAAAUACCGUUGCACAGGUGUUAAAAAAACUUGCUUUAUUUGACGAAUGGAAUUCCUUGGCUGUUUAUGUUUCAAUGGAUAACACAGUGGUAAUUGAAGAUAUCAAAAAAAUGUGCCGAAUCCUUCCCUUGAGUACUGAUACAGAUGGUGGGAGUCCUCCCAAUUCUCUGAAUGCUUCGAACCACAGUAAGGCCACCUCUGCCUGCUGCCCAGCCUGGAAACCCCUGCUGCUCAUUGUGCCCCUCCGCCUGGGCAUAAAUCAAAUCAAUCCUGUCUAUGUUGAUGCAUUCAAAGAGUGUUUUAAGAUGCCACAGUCUUUAGGGGCAUUAGGAGGAAAACCAAAUAACGCCUAUUAUUUCAUAGGAUUCUUAGGUGAUGAGCUCAUUUUCCUGGACCCUCACACAACUCAGACCUUUGUUGACACUGAAGAGGAUGGAACCGUUGAUGACCAGACUUUCCAUUGUCUGCAGUCACCACAGCGAAUGAAUAUUCUGAACUUGGAUCCUUCUGUGGCAUUGGGAUUUUUCUGUAAAGAAGAAAAAGACUUUGAUAACUGGUGUAGCCUCGUUCAAAAGGAAAUUCUAAAGGAAAAUUUAAGGAUGUUUGAAUUAGUUCAGAAACAUCCAUCACACUGGCCUCCCUUUGUACCUCCAGCCAAACCAGAGGUAACAACCACUGGGGCAGAAUUCAUUGACUCUACUGAACAACUAGAGGAGCUUGACUUGGAGGAAGAUUUCGAGAUUCUGAGUGUGUAA